GUGGAUGGAGGUCUGGCUCUCUGUCAUCUCCACAUAAACUGGCCAGGGAGUUUUUUUCCCCCUUCACUCUGCAGCAGCAAACAAAGAGGAAGAUGGAAAAGCCCUUGUGCACGUUGGCUGCAGUGAUUUUACUGGGAGGAUUUCUAGACGCGGUACUGAUAGACGAUACAACAACUCAGAUUAAUUUAUUAUUCAACUACACAACUACAGCCGAGUCUGUCACUGUGCAGCCGCAGGAUCACAGCACAGACCGACCGACUCCAACAGAAGCACCGACAAAGUUAUCCACCACCGCUGCCAGAGGCAAACAGCUGGACACCAAAAACAUCAGUCAAGACAGUGAAGAAGAAAACAGCAAUAAAGAAAAAAAAGAAGAUGUGAAAACACAACUGGACUGUCCUCCCCUCGGCAUGGAGUCCCUGCGGGUCGAUGACAGCCAGAUCCAGGCUUCUUCCUACCAGCGGGCGGGCCUGGGUCCUCACAGGGGGAGGCUGAACAUCCAGUCUGGCAUCGCGGACGGGGACCUGUACGACGGAGCCUGGUGUGCAGAGUAUAAGGACCAGUACCAGUGGCUGGAAGUGGACGCCAUCCACCUCACCCUGUUCACCGGAGUCAUCCUGCAGGGCCGAAACUCCAUCUGGAGUUGGGAUUGGGUCCAUACCUACAAAGUCCAGCUGAGUAACGACUCUGUGUCCUGGAAAACCUGCAUGAAUGGGACAAAAGAAGCGCUCUUUGUAGGAAACCAGGGUCCAGAGACUCCGGUGCUCGGACUCCUUCCUGUUCCCACCGUCGCCCGUUUCAUCCGCAUCAACCCUCAGACCUGGUACAUCAACGGCACCGUCUGCCUCAGGGCUGAGAUACUCGGCUGUCGUGUCAAUGAUCCAACUGACACCUACUCCUCAGAGCAGGGAUCAAAAGACGCCCUGGACUUCAGACAGCACAACUACAAAGAGAUGAGAAAGCUCAUGAAGGCCGUGACGGAGGAGUGUCCGGACAUCACCCGCAUCUACACCAUCGGGAAGAGCUACAUGGGACUCAAACUGUACGUCAUGGAGAUCUCCGAUAACCCCGGAAAACACGAACUAGGUGAGCCGGAGUUUCGCUACGUGGCCGGGAUGCACGGCAACGAGGCUCUGGGCCGAGAGCUUGUCCUCAACCUCAUGCAGUACUUGUGCAGAGAAUACAAGAAGGGAAACCAGCGAGUCGUUCGGCUGGUGACGGAGACCCGAAUCCACCUCCUGCCCUCCAUGAACCCCGACGGAUACGAAGUAGCUUAUGAGAAGGGCUCUGAACUGUCCGGCUGGGCUGACGGACGAUACAGCUAUGAAGGAAUCGACAUGAAUCACAACUUUCCAGACCUGAACAACAUCAUGUGGGACGCCCAAGAGGUGGCAGCGGAUCCAUCUAAAGUCACCAACCACUACAUCCCCAUCCCAGAGUACUACACUCAAGAAGACGCCAUGGUGGCCCCAGAGACCCGAGCCGUCAUCAGCUGGAUGCAGGAUAUUCCCUUCGUGCUGAGUGCAAACCUCCACGGUGGAGAACUGGUGGUCACGUAUCCCUUCGACUGCACCCGAGACUGGGCCCCUCAGGAGGACACCCCCACGGCGGACAACGCUUUCUUCCGCUGGCUGGCCACCGUCUACGCCUCCACUAACCUGGUGAUGGCCAACCCAGACCGCCGCAUCUGCCACUACGAGGACUUCCAGGCACACAACAACAUCAUCAACGGUGGAGCCUGGCACACCGUCCCCGGCAGUAUGAAUGACUUCAGUUACAUGCACACCAACUGCUUCGAGGUGACGGUGGAGUUGUCCUGUGAUAAGUUCCCUCAUGUCAGUGAGCUUCCCAUCGAGUGGGAGAACAACAAGGAGUCUCUGCUGGUUUACAUGGAGCAGGUUCACAGAGGCAUCAAAGGUGUGGUCAGGGACAAGCUGACCAAAAAAGGAAUAGCAGAUGCUGUAAUCAAGGUGGAGGACCACAACCACGACAUACGAUCAGCUACUGACGGGGACUACUGGCGUCUCCUGAACCCAGGCGAGUACAAGGUGGUGGUUUGGGCCGAGGGUUACUUCCCGUCCGUGCGUCAGUGCCGCGUUGGAAUGGAGCCACGUCCCACCAUCUGUGACUUCACCAUGACGAAAACGCCCAUUCAGAUGCUGAAGGACAUCCGGGCCAAAGGAGGGAAGAUCCCCCAGGACCUUCAGCUGCGUCUUCGUGCUCUGAGGCUCCGCAAGCUUCGCGCCAGCACCAGGGCCAUCAACCAGCGUAGGGAGAGUCAGCGGAUGCAGAAGGCGAGGAAAGCCCGGUCCACCAGAGCCCAGAGAGCGUGAGAGGAGACGGGACGAGGGGGCUGAAGAAGCUCCGGAGAUGAGCUGGAUUACAGGUUCAAGAAGUUCAGCUCAAACGGAGAAAGCUGACCUCUGGGAAUACUGAUAUGUUCCAACUAGAGAGGACACUAUUAAAGGAUCAGUUCACCCAAUUUACAAAAAUAUAGUAUUCUGCAUAGUCCGAGUGAUAUCAAGACAUGCAGACAGUUUUAUGUGGUGAAAUAUCUGCCUCUGAGAUUUGUAUGUGUCGAUCACAACUUUAAAAUAUUAAAUAAAAAAAAUUCAACAGCGACGUAUUUGGGUGUACUGACCCUUUAAGGCAGAUCAAACCAUGACAGUCACACAAACUCUUACAGACGUUGACAGGAUACUUACAAAGCAGAAUAACUUCUAAAAAGUUACACAGACUUUUUGAAGGAUUAUGGACAUCUUCACAUUAAUAGACAGGCAUCAUUGAAUGUUUAAGUUCCCUUUACCAGUUUCUGGUUUUGUACAUGAACUGUUUCUUUGUUGACGACUGAGUUGAGGAUUUAAGUGUCAGCUGGUCUGAUAUGUGACAUUUUUAUUUCUAACAAUGUGUCUGUUUUUGUUUGUUUAACUAAAGUCCAACAGGACCAUAAAAAUCUCAAAUAAAUAUGACUUAUUUGUGUUAAUC